AUGAAUUUUAACGUCUGGAACAUCAAGGAGAUGUUCAGCACGCCGACCGCCACGGGGCCCAACAAGUUUUCCGUUCGGGGCAGCGCGCCUAGCGAUUACUCGAGUUUGAGCGAUUCCCAGCUCCUCUUUGGCUCCCAGUUCUGCCCGGAGAACGCGCAGUCGGCAGCGGCGCUGCUGGAGCUGGGCACCCAGGCGGGCCAGCAAAACUCCCAGGACAGCGAGCCCAGUAUUUUUACCAAAUACCAGACAAAACCACAGCUAUUUGAUGAAGAUGCAAAAGAGAAAGGUUUACUUCAUUUUGGCGCAGGAAGAGUGAAGAGUGUCCUGGAAAAUUUUGAAGUGAAUAAGAACAAAAUAAAGGACAAAUACGACCGUGAGGUUUUAAGCACCUUUAUUUCCAGUAUCAAAGACAGGCUUCAAGGGUUGCAAGAGUGCUUGGACAAGUUUGAAGAAACGUUCGAUUCAAGAAACAAAUCCGUUUUGGAUCACCUAGAAACCAUUUCCAAGACAUUGCAAGAUGCGCUUCAAACUCACUGCGGCUCGGUGCUGAAAGCUCUGACAGAUAAAAGCCAAAUGGAGCAGACACUGCUGGAGAUGGAGAGAAGACUCGCAGCUAAAGAUGCGGAGAUCUCGGAGGUGAAAUCCAGCAUCCAGCUGCUGAAGGAGGGUCUGGAGUCGCUGCCAGCUCAGCUGAGCGAUCAGCACCUGAAGCUGUGUGAACAGCUAGGCUUCCUGAAGCUCCCCAGCGCCUUAGCCGAGCUGCAUACAUUCAUUUCCACCGCCAAACUCCCCACGCACAUGACGGAUAGCUCUUCUCAGACCUCCCCUGGCACAGGGCAGGACUGUGCUCUCGAUAAGGAGAACGCGCGCUGGCCGUGCUGCCAAGGCAGGAGGGUUUGCAGCUCCUCGCUUCCGUCUCGGCCCCCCUGCGUGGCAGAGCAGCACGGAGGCUCCCACGCGAGCCGCCAGCUCGUGGGGGACAGCACUUCCAGUGGUGGCUUAAACACAGCUUCAGGAAGGAAAGUCAGCCCCGUCGCUACAGUGGCAAGUGGCAGAGAAAAUACUCCUUUGCAGGAGAUGAAAUCUGCUUUAGAAACACAGAGCUAUGCUAACAGUCCUUGUAUGUGCUGUGCUAGCAAUCACGCUUUCGGAAGCAGCUGGAAGAAACCCUGUCCUGUUCCUCAGGAGGCGUCGCUACCGACGCCGCUGAGGAAGGUGGUCAGGAGAGGCACAAAAGGGUUUAAGCCUGUGACACAGUCGCAACAGAGGCAGCCUCAAGUUUGCCACCUUUCUGUACAAAAUGACAUGUCUGGGCAAAAAGACAAGAACUCAUCCACGGUCUGUGCGAUGGAGAGCACAGCUGUAGGAAACAGCGCAAGACAGAAGUCAGGAAGGAUCCCCCGGAGCAGAGCGGCAGGGCGGAAGAAAACGUACCCCGCUAGGAGAAAAGGAGAGCUUUCGAGAUGCUCUGACAGUGGGCUGAAGCAAAGGAUGGCACACAGGAUUUUGGAGCUGGAAGGCUCCAGAAAUAAUUGCUUUCCCAGAUAUACGGUCACUCUCAAUUCAGGAAGCUCCAACCCAGUUUCUGCAGCUCCCAACCAGCGAGUGCUAAGCAGCGUUCAGCAGCGGCUCACCAAGAAUUGCUUGCAAGGGCCCCGCUCCAGUCAGGACACGCAGCAACUUGUAGACAGAAGAAAGAGAAGUCUGGAAAAUAAAAAAGGAGCAAACGUUUCCCAUAUGAGAAGGAAUCUUUGGGAUUCCUCUCCCCAGGAAAACGUAUUUUCCCUGUGCAGCACAAUAGGUGAAAACCAGAUGAGCUGCUUCAGUGCCCCAAGCUCUGCGAGCUCCAACAAACCGUGUCCUGCCGACACGGUGGCUCAGCAGAAUACAGCAUGUUGCUCUUUAGUUUUUGAUAGCGAUUACUCUGAUUGAAGUUUCUUGUUUAGUUUUCAGGGUUUUCAGUGCAGGCAUGGCCGUUUCAGGCACAGUUUAUUCCUCUAGGUUUAUUAGCUGUUUAGGUUCUUACAUGAUUUGCUCUCACGGGCCUCCCACGUAGCUGAGGGAGCUCCUGGGGGAUCUGGAAAGGAGGAAUGAGUUUCUCCUGUAUACAUUACAGCCACUUGAAAACAGAGAAGGCUUGCGCCCGGCGUGCUUUGAAAUGUUAGUGCCCACUGAUAUGUGGUAAGGGACUGCGGCGAGGCCUGGGGAAAGCUCUCCCCCUGCGUGGGAAGCCCAUGGGGUCUGUGUUUCUCAGCCCCCCACUCUCGGCAGGGAUGCCCUUGGCUCUGGUUGCUGCCGUGUCCGUGCGGCAGAGCAGCUCUGCGGCGUCCACCGAGGCGUUCGCUAGGGAGGACGCGGCUGGCAGGUCACGGGCACGCGGCUGGAUCUCCUGCCGCCAGAUUUAGCACUCGGAUCCACUUGAAGCUUUUUAAUUGGAUAUAUGCAAUAAUAUCUCUGUGGCUGGAGGCUGUAACGCUGUUUUUUCAUUCUUUGUGUCUAUGUUGGUUCAUAUGUCUAAAAAUUUAGCUUUUUAGUGCCCUAGGAAGUAGCGGGUGUUGUUUUGACUGAUUUCAGUAAGGUUAAGAGUUGUCCCAAGAGUCGUGUGUGAACUCUGGACUUGUAAGAAGUUGUAAACUUGAAGAGUUGUAAGUUUAGCUGAGGAAAGGAGAGUCCCAGCAUCUCAGCUACAUUGAUUGUUGCAUUUCUUCUCCUUUUAGGCUGAAAUUUCUUAGUCACUUUAUUUAGUUGCUAUCUAAUUUGGCUUGGGUAUCUCUUAACUAAUCAAGAACUUCUUCGUCAUAUGUAUUUCAAAGAUGGUGGUUCUCAAGCAGAAACCAAAAGAUGCAACACUUACACUCAACAGACAAAGCAACCAUUGGAUAUUUCUCUUCCUUUAGAAAUCUAUAAUUUCCCAAUGAGGAAUGAAUCCAGACAUACAGAUUUUCAAGUCAGGAAGGAUUAUUCUGAUCAUCUAAUCUGACAGAUAUAGCAGCUUGAUAACUUGACACCCCCAACUCCUGCAGAGCAAAUCUUUCCAGGAUAUCCAGCCCUGAUUAUAAGUUUCCACUGCUGCAGGUAUUUUUAUCAUGUUUGGUUUUCCGAUCUGAGACGUUACCGGCAAAGGAAGCAUUUCAAUAUUCACGAAACAGGUCUCUUGUCUUAAAUACAAACAGUCUGAGAUUAUUUUUUCCUGGAUUUAAUAAACCCAUUGUUUCU